GUUAUCGUCUCCAAUUUUGGUACAAACAAUUAAAUCCUUCCAUAAAUUAAAAUCCUGAUUCCCCGGCGAGUUAAUGCAUCAUUCAAUCUCCACCUUUCGUUUUUUCAUCAUCCCAAGUGUAGGAUAGGACCAGUAACCAAAUAUAGUGAGUGAGGGAAGGAGUUUGGUGGGGUUAGGGAGCGAGUUUGGGUGGUGUGGAUUUGAUAUAAAUGGCUGGUUUGGUAGAAGAGGAUCAACAAACUUUUGGAAUUGACCAAGAGGGACAGAACAAGGAGACUGAGGGGAACAACAAAGUUAGAACACAUUUGGAGGGUGGUCAAGGGGAAAGAGACAUGGCUCCAACGGCAGGCAAUUCAAUCCAUAGGUCAAGUUCAAGGCCUCAACUUGAUGUUAGCAAAGCUGAAAUUCAAGGGAAUGUGGAGGAGAAGUAUCCUACCAUUUUGUUGCCUAAUCAAUCUGAUGAUUUAUCUCACCUUGCUCUUGAUAUUGGAGGAUCUCUGAUAAAGUUGGUGUACUUUUCAAGACAUGAAGACCAAUCAGCCGAUGAUAAAAGGAAGAGAAGUGUGAAGGAGCGACUAGGGCUUUCUAAUGGCAACAGGAGAAGCUACCCUAUUCUUGGUGGAAGACUUCACUUUGUGAAGUUUGAGACAAGAAAGAUUAAUGAGUGCUUAGAUUUCAUUUAUUCAAAGCAGCUUCACUGUGGUGGGUUGGAGUCACAUUACUCUGAUGCUGCGGCUGACCAGAAUGCCAUAAUUAAGGCUACUGGUGGUGGAGCAUAUAAGUAUGCUGACCUUUUCAAAGAAAGACUUGGAGUUAGUCUUGACAAAGAAGAUGAAAUGGAUUGUCUUGUGGCUGGAGCAAAUUUCUUGCUUAAGGCAAUUCGUCAUGAAGCUUUUACCCACAUGGAGGGCCAGAAAGAGUUUGUUCAAAUUGACCCUAAUGAUUUGUUCCCUUAUCUUCUAGUUAACAUUGGAUCUGGUGUUAGUAUGAUCAAGGUUGACGGGGAUGGGAAAUUUGAGAGGGUUAGUGGGACUAAUGUUGGUGGUGGUACUUAUUGGGGCUUGGGAAGACUGUUAACAAAGUGCAAGAGCUUUGAUGAGUUGCUUGAGCUGAGUCAGAAAGGAGACAAUAGAACUAUUGACAUGCUUGUUGGGGACAUUUAUGGUGGCUUGGACUAUUCAAAGAUUGGUCUAUCAGCUUCCACUAUUGCUUCAAGUUUUGGCAAAACCAUAUCAGAAAAAAAGGAGCUUGAAAACUACAGACCUGAAGAUAUAUCACUCUCUCUUCUACGGAUGAUUUCUUACAAUAUUGGCCAGAUAUCUUACUUGACUGCAUUGCGAUUUCGGCUGAAGCGAAUCUUUUUUGGAGGAUUUUUUAUAAGGGGUCAUGCCUAUACCAUGGACACUAUUUCUUUUGCUGUUCAAUUCUGGUCUAAUGGGGGAGCACAAGCAAUGUUCUUGCGACAUGAAGGAUUUCUGGGAGCUUUAGGUGCAUUUAUGAGUUAUGAAAAGCAUGGUUUAGAUGACCUCAUGGUGCAUCAGUUAGUUGAAAGGUUUCCAAUGGGUGCUCCAUAUACUGGAGGCAAGAUUCAUGGCCCACCACUUGGAGAUUUGAAUGAGAAGAUUUCGUGGAUGGAGAAGUUUUUGCGGAAGGGAACUGAGAUUACUGCACCUGUGCCAAUGACUCCACUUGCUGGUACUACUGGACUUGGGGGUUUUGAAGUUCCUUUGUCAAAAGGAAGUACUCUGCGAUCUGAUGCGAGUGCUCUGAAUGUUGGUGUUCUCCAUCUAGUACCAACUUUGGAGGUGUUUCCAUUAUUAGCAGACCCCAAAUUGUAUGAACCCAAUACAAUUGAUCUCGCAUAUCACAGUGAAUUAGAAUAUUGGUUCAAAAUUUUGUCAGAUCACUUGCCAGAUCUUGUGGACAAGGCUGUAGCAAGUGAAGGUGGAACGGAUGAUGCCAAAAGAAGGGGUGAUGCUUUUGCUCGAGCAUUUUCUGCCCACUUGGCAAGGUUGAUGGAGGAGCCUGCAGCAUACGGGAAGAUAGGCCUGGCCAAUCUAUUGGAAAUGAGGGAAGAGUGCUUGAGGGAAUUCCAAUUUGUUGAUGCCUAUAGAAGUAUAAAGCAGAGGGAAAAUGAGGCAUCACUUGCUGUUUUACCUGACUUAUUGGUGGAAAUUGAUGGCAUGGAUGAGAAACCACUGUUCACAUCGCCAGAAACACUGUUCCGUCACUGUUCAUCACUGUUCCGGCCACCUUUCCGGCGAGAAACCACGCGAUCAGGAUCCCCUCACGCCGGCGACCAUUUCUGUCCAAGACCCGUCCCAAACGGCCGCCGCACGCGCCUCCACGCGCCACCACAGCUGUCUGCGCGUGGGCAUCACGCGCCACCUCUCUCCGGCGCGUGUGCACUGUUCCGGCCACCUUUUCCGACCAAACCAAGGCAGACAGGCUCGCCUCUGCCUCCUCCUUCCAGAUCCAGUGACCGAUCGUUGUGGGUCUCUUCCGUUCGAGGGUUUCCAGUGCAAAAGUCGCUACUUUGUUCCUUUUUCGCGUAA